AUGGCGACCAGUAAGAGGCGAUCAAAUCUCAGGUUGCUCAAGACGCCUUUGAUUCUGGGCCAAGGCGACACAGAUAUGACUCGCCAUGGAGACUGUCUUGGACUGUAUACUUACAACGCGAGAACAUUGUCGACAGACGCUGGCCUGCAUGCCAUUCUCAGAACUGCAGAGCGUAUCAAAUUUCACGUGAUUAUUCUGCAGGAGACCAAGUGCAGAAGGAACGUACGACCGAUAAAUGACGUACACUCGUCAAUCAUGGAGAGAAGGUUCCGGUCGCGAAGUAUAGGCGGUGCCGGUUUAGUUGUGCACCGCUGUCGCACAUCUUAUCGAUUCUCACUAGAUGCUAUCACCUCGUCUGGCCAUUCUUCGCCUCCGCCAUCUGCGCCAAAAACCCAUCAGCAUCAUUAA